CCCCAAUCUUUAUUCAUUUAUUCUAAAUUUGAACGUUAAAAAUGAAGCUUGCUCCGACUGUAAAACUGAACAAUGGCUACGAAAUGCCUGUUUUGGGUCUGGGAACCUACAAUUCCAAGGACAAUGAAGGCGAGGCCGCCGUAAAGCACGCGAUCGAUGUGGGCUACCGUCAUAUAGACACGGCCUUUUUGGAUACCUACAAGGCCAUGGAAAAGCUGGUGAAACUGGGGCUGGUCCGCAGUAUCGGAGUGUCGAACUUCAAUAGCGAGCAGCUGGCACUAGUUUUGGCCAACUGCGAGAUCACGCCGGUCACCAACCAGGUGGAGUGCUCUCCUGCCCUCAAUCAGAAGGCUUUGACUGCCUUUUAUAAGGAGAACGGCGUUACUUUGACGGGCUAUACGCCUUUGGGAAAGCCGAAGCCCGAUAUCCAGAAGCCAGACUUUAUCUACUCGACGGAGGUGGCCGUUAUUGCCAAGAAGUACGGCAAAACUGCCCCGCAGAUUGUCCUGCGCUAUCUGGUUGGCCUCGGCGUCAUCCCCAUCCUCAAGUCAUCGAAUACUAACCGAAUUUCCGAAAACUUUGAUAUCUUCGAUUCUGAACUGACCGCCGAGGAAAUGGCUGUUCUCGAUGGCUUUCACACUGGCGAGGGUGUUGUUCCAUUGAACUUGAUCAAGGGCCUUAGCCACAAGUAUUAUCCGUUUGCAAUUGAGUUCUAAACCAGGUGUAGG